UGUUCAUUCAAGCAAGAAUAGUAUUAUUCUUUGGGCAACCAAACCAAAAUCAUCAUAUAAUAAUUAUUGUAUAUUUUUAACUUCUCCUUGAAAGCUUUGAUUCUUUUUUGAGCUUUGUAUACUCUUUAUCAUUUUCAUAUAAUUACGAAACUCAAAGCAUGGUUGGUAGAAGUUAAAGUGGACGGAACCCGCGAUAAGCCUCUUAGUUUAGCGGCAGGAACAUUGUGCGACUCAACUUCUCCAGCUAUGGCAGCUGCCUUAGUUAUGUCCACACCAGUAACUCCAAAAUCAACGCCCUUUUCCUUAAUAUCCCAAUCUUCUCCACACAAGAGGCUCUGGCGCAAGAAACAAGGAGUAAAUAUUGAUCGGCGUAGUGGUUAUGCAGAUUGUGCUUCACUGAUACAGGGGUUAAGUAGGAAAAAAUUGCCUGUUGCUGCUGAAAGGCUAUUCCUUGAUAUGAAAUCUGAAGGUUUUAUACCUGAUAAGUCUACCUUGUCAGCACUGAUGCUAUGCUAUGCCAGUAAUGGUUUAUUUUCUAAAGCAUUAGCUGCUUGGGAUGAAAUUAUUGACAGGUCAUUUCUGCCGGAUGUUCAUGUAGUUGCAGAACUGAUUGAUAUCUGCGGCUGCAAAGGUUAUUUAGAUGAUGCUGUCAGAAUAUUGCAUCAGAUUACGUUGAACAUGCUUCCUGAUGUUUAUGCUCAGGCUAUCUCUCGUUUUGGAAAGAAAGGGCAGCUUGAAUUGAUGGAAGUUAUGUUGAAAGAGAUGGUUUCCAUGGGGUUCCCUGUUGAUUCUGCUACUGGAAAUGCUUAUGUAAUAUACUAUAGUAAUUUUGGCACACUGAGUGAAAUGGAAGUUGCAUAUGGCCGUCUUAAGAUGUCGAGAAUUCUUAUAGAGGAAGAAGCGAUCAGGUCAAUCUCCUUGGCUUAUAUCAAGAAAGAGAAGUUUUAUUGUUUAGGUCAGUUUGUAAGAGAUGUCGGUCUUUGUAGGAGAAAUGUGGGAAAUCUCCUGUGGAACCUGUUACUUCUUUCUUAUGCUGCCAACUUCAAAAUGAAAAGUUUGCAGAGAGAAUUUGUGAGAAUGGUCGAAACUGGAUUUUUUCCUGAUCUUAAUACUUUCAAUAUUAGGGCUUUGGCAUUUUCAAAAAUGUCUUUGUUUUGGGAUCUGCAUGUAACUCUUGAACAUAUGAAGCAUGAGAAGGUAGUUCCUGAUCUUGUGACUUACGGUUCUGUUAUUGAUGCAUACUUGGAUAGAAGAUUGGGACGAAAUUUGGAUUUUGCUUUACGGAAAUUGAAUAAAAAUGAUUGUGUUACAGUAGCAACAGAACCGCUUGUAUUUGAGGCCAUGGGGAAAGGGGAUUUCCACUUAAGCUCAGAGGCACGUGUAGAGUUCAGUAAGAAGAAGAAUUGGACGUAUGAGGAGCUUAUCACCACCUAUCUCAAGAAAUACUUCCGUUGCAAUCAAAUCUUUUGGAACUAUUGAUGAUGAAUAGUGUCUGUGCUGGAAAUUCUGUUCAGUUGCGCUGCGCUCAGUUAUCCGAACAAAUACUCUGGUACAAGUGGUUUAUCGGCCACUGCUGCAGCUACCAGUUCACUAAUUUUAUCUGAAAUGAUAUAGCUGGAAGCUGCAUUUGUGGGAUAUAUGACAAGUAACUGGUAGCUGGAUGAAACCAGCUAUCUUCAGCUACCUAGAAGAUGAACUAAAUUAAAGAAAUUGCUUGUGGUAUCUUUGGUGUCAACAGCAUCUUGGCUUCUCCAUCCUUUUUCAGUUUUAUGUAUAUUCUUAUUCUCCUCUUGAUUUUGUGCUUGAUGAAAAGGGGUUGCUUGAGCGGCUUUUAUUGCUAUCAAAUCCUGAAAUUACCUGCAAAAAAUCAUGACUUGUUAUGUGUUUGAAGGUUUUUCUUCUUGGUGGGUAUGCCAAUCAACAUUGCUGACAUUCUUCCAUCUGCAGCAUUUUCAUGCUAUUUCUUAAAGUUGAAACUCUUUCAAUUUAUUUUUAUGAAGAUAUUCUUAUAUCACUUACUUGAGGGAUAGAUCGACUUUCACUAGUUGGGCUUCUUCCAAAAUGCAUUGGUUGCAUUGCUUCUUCAGCAAGUAUACGUAACCUGUUAAGUUCAGGCAAAAUUACAGUGCCAAGAUCUGGUCGAUCUUUACGUCUGAGUUCGGCACACUUGAGUGCUAACUUGGCAAACGUCAGAGCCUCUUCAACAGGCCAGUCAGGAACUGCUGGAUCAAGCAUAUCAGCAAUAGUGCCUUUCUCAAUUGCCCUCUCAACAUGGUGGGUCAAACCCAUUGGAGGUCUGGCGGAUCUAUGUAACAAAAUGUUCCCGCUGUUGACGUCAUUCGGUACUGUGUCACGGAGUCAGCUACAGAGGGGGGAACAAGCCUAGCUAAACCAACAUCACUGAUCUUACUUACAUAAUUGCGGUCAAGCAAAAUGUUGCCAGGUUUCAGAUCCCGGUGCACUAGAGGUUCUGGCUUGGUCUGGUGAAGGAAGAGGAGGCUAGUACCGACCUCUGCAGCUAUACGGAAUCUUAGUUGCCAAGGAAGAACUGGAGUGUUUCCUCUUCGGAAGAGGCGAUCGUCUAAGCUCCCAUUGGCCAUGUACUCAUACACUAGGCAGCCAAAUUCAGGGCAGGCUCCAAGUAGAAGAACCAUGUUUGGAUGCCUUAUGCAGCUUAGAACUUCAAUCUGCAUUAGAGCAAAUGAAAAGGGGCAUGAGCGAAUAUAGCCUUUUGGGAACUACUGUAUGACUGAUUGAAUUUGGUUGGUAUUUUUUUUUUUUUUUUUUUUUUACGUGUGUGGGGGUGGGGAUGCCACAGCUCCAGAACACUAAUAUUCUUUUCCCUGCGAAGAUAAUAACUCAUACAUGUUCUCUAAAUGGGUUUACAUGUAGUCAUUUCUUUUGAAUGAAGGAAGGAUUCUUUUGUUUCAUACCUCUUGUUGAAAUUGUGACCUUCCUUGAGCAGCAUCUGGGCGAAGAACCUUAAUUGCAACCUGCGUGUGAUCCAAGUAACACUUGUAUACCGGUCCGUAUCCACCUUCUCCAAUUUUACGAGAUGCUGCAAAGUUAUCUGAUGCUGCUUCAAUCUCCUCUAUUGUAUACUUACGAUACCGGCAAUCACUCUGUGCAAGGGCAUCCAAUACCUUCUUCUUCUCUUCAGCUUCUAUGAUCGCCUUCCUUUCUGCUGUGAUUCUUCUCUGUGCCUCCCGUUCGGCGAUCCUUUGUGCUUCUUCUGCAGCUUCAAGGGCUGCCCUACACUUUGCUUUUUCUUUCUCUGCAAUGGCCAGUGCUGCUUCCUCGGCUAGUCGUGCGUCUUCUAAUUUUUGUUCUUCUUCUACUUUCCAGCGGUGAAGUUCCAAUGCCUGCAUGAAAAAAAUUAAGGCUACAUUCCAGUUAACAAUAGAGAAAGUGCCUCCUUGCAUGCUGAGCUGUACAUGUCCAUCGUCUGCUUGAGCUCCUGCUUGAGUCUUCUCAUCUCUGCUUCGAUCUCUUCCUAUAUAUUAGAGAAAGAUGUUUAUCAUGAUUCUUCUGUAUUUGGUGUUAAUAGUUGUUGUAAAAGAAACCCUCACUGUCACAACUUUAGUGAAACAUAAGACAGCUCGAAUAACAACACCUUCAUUACAACAGAGAAUUUUGACCAGGAUGAACUAGAAGUUAUAAAGAUUUUUUUAUUCUUGGUUUAAAAUAUUAGAGUUUUGCACCAUACUUAUCUCCCUUUACUUUUGCUGGAGUUAUUUGGUUAAACUAAGAUUGCUUUUGCGAUAGCAUCCAGACUGGUCCACUUGCAUACUUGCAUUAAGAUUGAUGGACUUUAAUGAAAUCAAGAAAUGCUUAUGAUGGAAGAAGAGCCCAAGAACGAGUCCAAGAAUUAUGGAGAAGAAUGGACAAAGUGCUACACAUAUUUCAUGAUUAAGUCCAAGCCCAAAAGGAGGAAGAUUGAGCCCAUAUGGGUUGUGAGUAAAUUUGAAAACUUUUCCUUAUUUUCUUAGGAGAGAAUUUUUUGUAUUAUUUUUACAUGCUUUCUUAGUCCUAGUAGGUUUUUAUUUAUUAUUUCCAUAAUAGUAGAUCCUAAUCUCAUGCUAUUUGGGAUAGCUUUUUCCUAGUCCUAAUUAGAUUUGAUAAAUGUAGAUUUCAAUCCCAUGCUAUUUAGGAUAUGUUUUUUUUCCCUAUAUGUAGGGAUGAAUUUUGUUAUUUUCAAGGAGACAAUAUUAUUAUUAAUUGAAAGUUUCUUUUAUUUA